CCAUUUUUUUUUUUUUUCGCUCCUCUUUUUCUUCCGUCGAAGUUGAAAGGCUGGAGCCUGCGCGGCAGAAGGGAGCCACCACUUUCUUGCCUUCCCACACUGGUCGCGGAUGCAACGAUUUUGUGUCUUUUGAGGAGCCACAUUGUCCAUUUUUUGACUCCAUCACGAUGGCGGGGGCAAUUAUCGAGAACAUGAGUACCAAAAAGUUGGUGAUAGUGGGAGUUAUACUGCUUUUGUUCCAGGCGUUCGCUUUCAUGGUCGGUGGGUUAAUUGCUCCCCGGCCCACCACGGCAGUACACUACCUGGCCACCAAAUGCGUGGACACCGUCAAGCACCGGCAGGAAGCAAAGUGGUUCAUGCCUUGGGGUCCCAAUCAAUGCGACAAGAUCCGCUCCUUUGACGAGGCUCCGGCCAAGAUGAUCGAGGCCAACAACAUUGUGUUUGCUGUCCACAUUCCUCUGCCGGACAAGGAGAUGAGCCCCUGGUUCCAGUUCAUGCUGGUCAUCUUGCAGUUUGACAUCGCCUUCAAAAUGUACAAUCAGAUCGAGGAUGGAGCGAUGGUCACCGUUGACGUGGGCCUGGCCUACAGAGACGAUACCAUUAGUGAGUGGACUGAGAUGGCUCACUCUUUUGAACAACGGAAGCUCAACUGCAAUUUCACCACUUCCAAGACGUUUGAAAACGAAGGCCGCUACUAUGAGUGUGACCUUCUGCCCUUCAUGGAGGUUGGCAGCGUGGCCCAUAAGUACUACCUCCUCAACAUUCGCCUGCCUGUCAAUGAGCGCAAGAAGAUCAACGUGGGCAUCGGCGAAAUUAAGGACGUUCGCCUGGUUGGAAUCCACCAAAAUGGAGGCUUCACAAAGGUUUGGUUUGCCAUGAAGACGUUCCUGACGCCCAGCAUCCUCAUCAUCAUGAUCUGGUACUGGAGGCGCAUCACGCUCAUGACGAGACCCCCCGUGCUGCUGGAGAAGGUGAUCUUUGCUCUGGGUAUCUCCAUGACGUUCAUCAACAUCCCAGUGGAGUGGUUCUCUAUUGGUUUCAACUGGACCUGGAUGUUGCUUUUUGGAGACAUUCGACAAGGCAUCUUCUACUCCAUGCUGCUUUCUUUCUGGAUCAUCUUCUGCGGGGAGCACCUCAUGGACCAGACUGAGAGGAAUCGUUUCUCAGUGUAUUGGAAGCAAGUCGGGCCUAUCGUGUUUGGGUCUUUCUGUCUCUUUAUCUUUGACAUGUGCGAGAGAGGCGUCCAGUUGACCAACCCCUUCUACAGCAUCUGGGCAUCGGAUGUUGGCACUGAGCUGGCCAUGGCUUUCAUCAUCGUGGCCGGGAUCUGCGCUUGCCUCUACUUCCUCUUCCUCUGCUUCAUGGUUUUCCAAGUCUUUCGCAACAUCAGCGGGAAGAGGACGUCACUGCCCGCCAUGUCCAAGGCGAGACGCCUGCACUAUGAAGGUUUGAUUUUUAGGUUCAAAUUCCUCAUGUUGGUCACGUUGGCUUGUGCCGCCAUGACUGUCAUCUUCUUCAUCAUCAGUCAGGUGAAUGAGGGUCACUGGCACUGGGGGGAACACACCGUGGAGGUGAACAGCGCCUUCUUCACGGGCAUCUACGGCAUGUGGAACCUCUACGUAUUCGCCAUCAUGUUCUUGUACGCCCCCUCUCACAAGCGAUACGGAGACGACCAGUCAAGUGGACAGUGUAUCACAGGAGAUGCCGCUGCAAACAGCGGUGAAGACAUCCAGCUGACGACGACCAUCACUCACGUUGACGGUCCCACCGAGAUCUACAAGAUGACUGGAAAAGAAGCCCAAGAGUAGACCCCGCCCGCAUUGACGUUACCUACUGUUCCAACGGCCCCCUUCCCCAAGGACGUACUGUACAUAAGUUACACGUUUUGGUUUUUUUUCUUCUCUUUUAUACCCAUGACCCCUGACGCAACAGUCCACCUUGCACGAACUUUCAACAAGUCCUUUUCAUUUCAUGGGGGAUACAUUUCAUACUUGCUGAUACUAUUGUGUUUUUAAAAUGUCGCACAACACUUUUGACACCAAGUCGGGUACUUGAAAGCUGCUUCGUAGAUCAAUGUAUUUGCUCAAAAUGUUACAUUUAGUCUGGUUUGCGCUGCGGUUUUAAAGUCGAGGCCUAAAAUUGGAUGGGAAUGGACUGCAUCAUUUCUUUUUUUUUUUUCUGGACGCAAUGCUGUCACUCCCGCCUGUAAUGUUCACGGUGAAGGCCAUCUAACCUGUCACUAAUCUCUUCCUUGGAAAGUACAUCAUGUGACACACGUCGUUAUAAAAGUAUUUUUUAAAAUAUUAUUUGGGGGGAAAAUGUACAGACCACAAAUCUAUUUUUAUAGUGGUUUUUUUUUCCCAAUUGCAAAAACAUGUAUCAUGCUCUACCACGUUAAGAGUUUAGAAGUUGCCAGUAGUCUUAUUAAAUGUCCUAUUUUUUUUUGUUUUUUGCUCUCUAUUGUAAUUUAAAUAAAAGUAAUUUUACUUAA